AUGGAAUAUCAAGUCAAACUAGAAGAGAAGUACAGAAAGGCAUUUAUGGACCUGUCUUUGAGUGAUACUAUCUACCAGGUGCGAUAAAGACACUAAACUGUGUUAGCCUUUAGCGUGGAUUUUCAAACGUUCACGAUCUGAGCUUAUUUUUAAGAUGUCAUGAUCAGUACAGUUGGGCAGCUGGAUCAGUUGACGUUUGUGGGUAACUGACCACUUCCCCCCGUUAAGUCAACAGUAACACUUUUUCCUUACUUAGGGCAAAAUUGUAACUUAACUCUGAAAAGUAGCUCUUAUUUGAAUGAUCAAAAUUAAGAUGUCAUCAAUAUAAUCAAAUGUUAAUACCACCUUUAACAGCUUAAUAAACAGUGCCGCUGGAAAUCUUUGUCAAGUACAAGCUUUCAUUCGAAUGGCCAUACUAAAGAUUGUCAAAUGUUAGAAGUUGAAAUCAACAGUAUACGCUGGAAUCUCUCAGAUCUCUGCUCAGUAGCUUUUGUUGGGAUUGUAAUUUUUAAACUAUUAUCUAGACUUGGUAGUUAAAACCAAAGCAAAGUAAACCGCGGUGGAAAGUACUAUUAAAAAUAGCUUUAGUUUCUUGAUUGUCACAGAUUUAAUUCCCAUACACUAUCAUACUGUACUGGGGUUAGUUUCUAACGAUUACUUUACACUUUUCAGCGCAUACUUCAAGGAGACCUGAAAGCCGCUGAGCAACUGAAAAAGGAGUUCAAGGUUCCAGAUAAAAGGUUUGUAACAUUUUUUUAUCAGAGACCGUAAACAACGAGACCUUUGACAUCUGAGGGCCCUUUUUUGAAACAGCCUUUAGCUUCACCACGUUGAACAAAGGCUUACUUGUUCACACCACAGAUUUGUAGCCUGUGUAGAAUACAUUUGAAGGGGAAGGGAAAUGUGGGAAUUAGGGCGCGUUAGGGAGGAGGAAAUUUAAACGAGGUCUAACUUAGGCCGCGGUUUAGGAAAACAUUGGACUUCCAGAUCCUUUUCUUAAGGGGUUAAUUGAAGAAAAUAAGUGCCUUUCCAGUCUACACUAUAUACUUUCUUGAGAUUUUUCACGAAAAAUGGUGUUUAGAUAAAAACGUUGAGCAAAUUGAAAAUGGCCAAGAACGCGGUUUGGUUAAACACGGGUUAAACUCCGUUUAAACAACUGGCCCAAAUGGUCUUCUCUACUUUCAUCCUCGCGAGCCCAUCGCGUUCUCGUUCUCACACGGGCUGUUUUCAAAAUAGCCUGUACUAUGUAGAGCUAAGGCUUGUUUGGUCACACCCUGAUUUGUAGUCUAUGUGGCAAGCAUUGGAAGUCGAGUGAAAGAGGGGGUGGGGAUAAGGGCGCGCGAGGAGGGAGAGAAGAAAGGGUUUCCGUCCUUUCCUCCUCGCGCAUUCAUCGCGUUCUUGUUUUCACACGGCCCGUUUUCGAAAUAGCCUCUAGUUGUACUACGUACAGCUUAUGUUUGUUAGUUAAAACCCCUGAUUUGUAGCCUGUGUGGCAGGCAUUUGAAGGAGUAGUGAAAGGAGGGGGAGGGAAUCAGGACGCGCGAGGAAAAAUAGCAGACAGGGUUUCCUUCCCUUCCUCCUCGCGCGGACAUCGCGUUCACGCGCACCUCAGUUAUUCCUCCUUUUCCUACCCCUUCAAACUCCUUCCUCAUAGUUUAGCUCAUUUGCCGCAUUGUCUUGUCUUUAGGUUUUACUGGCUGAAAGUAAGAUCCUUGACAUUAAAGUCACAACUGGCUGGAACUCUACAAGUUUUCCAAAGCUCGUAAAUCUCUAAUUGGAUACGAGGUAAGUUCAUUGACAGUGUUUUCCGAAAUAAUCAAGCAAUGUGCUCAACUAGGGACAGAUACGGGCAAAGCUAAUCCUUUAAACCUUAAAAUCCGGACUCACUUACGCAGGUAAUUUGGGACCUUACAAAACUACCAUGGCGAAGGUAACAGAAAGUCGUAAAACACAAUAGGUUAAUGAAGGAGCGGAACAACAGCUCUACACGUCCAUCACUCUUUUUUGUAAAUUUUUUUGCCUUUCCCACACAUCUACGAUAGGACAAGAAAUAAGAAACCCUAACCCCACUCCGUAAGAUAUUAAAUGUUUCUAGAGUGAAUGUAUGGAUCAUCUGGCGGAAUAAAAAUCAUGGUCGUCUUGGACAGAUGGCGAUUGGAAGGUUCGUCGGUAUUUAUCAAAAGCAUUUAUUUCUUCUUUAUUAAAGGCUACGUUCAUAGGUUCCCAUGACUGUAACAUUGUGAAUAACAUUCCAGUGUGAAGACGCUGUAAAUUUUAUUUACAUUGCUUUUUUACAGCCACUUUUUGAAGCAUGCCUGGAUAGAAGCGGAGAAAUAUCUCUCCAGGGUUCUUCCCGAAAAUAAAGUGACGUGUUAUGUGAAACUCGGGUGAGUUUAUCAGUUCAUUGAAGUUCUUACUCUACUCAAAGACUGACUAAACAAACUUACCUUGAGUAGUGGUCACUUGUGUUGCGACUAUGCCGUUCAUUCGUUCACCUCAGAACUAAGAAGGGGGCACUGAAUCCACUGACCACAAAACCCUGGGCGUAUACAAAUUCGUAAGUGAUUGGGAACAAUAACUCGAGUUCUGCACUGCUAAUUGAUGCUACCCUGAGAAAAUAGCUGACAUUUUGUGACAUCACCACUGGUUUCCUCGCGAAAUGAGGUCUGAAGAAUGUUUGCAGAUAUUCCAUACUGAUGUGACGUGUAGCUUUCUAUCAGUAAAAACAAAAUUGACUGGUUUGUUGGCUAGGACUCGUGUUUUUAUUCCUGUGAUUUUGAUUUAAAUAUUUGAUUUCGGGCCCGAAAAGUUACCGGGACUUUCGAGAAACGAGCUAAUCAUAUUCCACCUACUUAUAAACGACACUUUAACUUUUGUCCCAGGAAAUACGAAGAUGCGGUGGAAACAGUUUUUGCUCAGAAAAGCGAGGGGGGCCUGGAUCUAGUCCUUGGAAAAUGUGCAACUUCAAAUCGUCCGUUGGUGAACCGCAUUCAAGAAAUGAAGGCUCAACUGCGGCAAAGACGAUAAAAUUCAUAGAUGGAUUGAAAUCUUAACUCUGAGAUAAAUUCUCAGUCGAAGUUCUCAGUAGAAAAGCCUUACUAGAAUGUAUUUUGAGCAAGUUUCGUCUCAUCAAGCGCACUUUGCGAGUUCAUGGAAACCGAGUUCAUGUCAAUUGGAUCUGGGCAGAGGCUAAGUAUUGUAACAGUUUCUCCAACACUUGCAAUGAUUUUCGAGUUACCCAAGUCGCUACUGCUAAAUCUCUUUGAAUGACCAUCAAUAAUAAUCUCGAUUGGGGUAGCCAUAUGGAGAAGAUAAUAAAGAAAGUAUCUUCUGGCAUCGGGGCCAUAAAGCGAGUAAGGCACCUUGUCCCCCAAGCGACCUUACAACUAAUUUACCAAGCUCUUAUUCACCGUCACUUCAAUUAUUUCAAUACUGUUUUGGCCAGAAACUGUGGGAUAACCUUAAGGAACAAACUUCAAAAACUACAAAUUAGAGCAGCCCGUUUUUUGACAUUUCAGACUACGAUGAAGACGCUGGUUACCUGUUUGAACUCCCAGGAUGGAAAAAUCUAGCACGCCAGCAUGAAAUUGAAAAAGCCACGAUGGUUUCUAAGUCUUUACACCGGUUGGCUCCAGAAUAUUUAAGUUCU